AUGAACAGUGUUAAACCCCAGACAGCGAGGCAGCUUCUGCGCGCUGGCCGCAGGACUCUUGCAUGUUCUCCAUGCCGCACCAUCGCAUCCAGCACGACGCUCUAUGCAGGCCAUAACAAAUGGUCCAAAAUCAGGCACGAAAAAGGCGCUGCAGACGCCAAGAAGACGGUUUUGAGGUCACAACUAGGUAAAAACUUGACCUCACUAUGCAGAACUUUCGGCGAAGACAGCCCCCAGCUUGCAAGUGCCGUAGCUGCCGCCAAGAAGGCCGGCCUGCCCAAGGAAAACAUAGACAGUGCUCUCGCACGAGCCCUAGGCCGUUCCGCAUCGGGUGGCGCGCUCGAGAGCAUGACCAUUGAGGCAAUGAUUCCCCCUUCAGUUGCCAUUUUGCUGGAGAUUGAGACGGACAGCAAGGCCCGCUCUCAGCAGGAUAUCCACAAGAUCCUGAAGCUCCGCAAGGUCACUGUGACGCCGACCAAGUUCUUGUUUGGUAGGGCCGGUCGUGUAGUCUUUGCUCCCAAGCCAGACUUGGCCGCUGAGGCGCUGAUAGACCAGAUCAUGGACGACGCUAUUGAGGCUGGUGCGGAGGAUCUCGAAGCUAACGAGGAUGGGAAUGUGGUCGUUUGGACGCCGCCAGCGAGUGUGUCUUUAGUAGCCAAGGACGUCGGUUCCAAGUUUGGCCUCGAGACGCUGAGCACCGACAUAAUGUGGACACCCAACGAGGACACUAUGGCUAAGAUCGACUCUGUUGAUGAAACAAAGAAGUUGGCCGAACUACUGUCCGCUCUUCGAGAGAUCCCAGAGAUUCAGGCCAUCUACUCAAACGCUUACCCAGGCAAACAGGCCGAGGAGGACUGGUCAGAUGUCGACAGGAAUCUUGAUACCUAA